CGAGAUUAUGAAUUUAUGACGUCAUUUCCUGUGGCUUUGUUAAAGCUGGGGAUCAUUUCAAUAGUUUUAAAUGUGAAACCAUAACAGUUCGCUAGUGAUCCAAGAUGUCGUUCAGCACCUCCAACCAAUCUCUUAGCCAGCAGCUGUAUACCAGCUCUGGGAUGAAUGCAUCAGUAAUGACAACACAACAACACAUCAGCUUCAUUCCUGUGCCACUGACUCACAAUGUGGAAGUCAUUCCAUCAAGUGGAUUUCCUCCUAGUUCUACAAACUUCAGUAACAGUCCAAACAGUGCCAACCAGGAACGUCCAAAACCACAGAUAAUGAUACUUGAAAAAUUAAAGCAAUUAAGAGAUGUAGGGAGGUAUUGCGAUUUGUUUAUUGAUGUUAAAGGCAUGCGGUUUAUUGCUCACAAGUCAUUGGUUGCUGCUUGGAGUCCAUAUUUUGAUGAAGCUUUGACUAGUACAGACUAUGUUGACAAAGACUUGCUGAUUGUUCACUAUGAUAGCUAUGAAGUAUUUGCUGAUUUUUUGGAAUUUUUGUACACUGGUACAAUUGCUCCAAGAGAAACAAAUUUUCUCCAACUGUUACAUUUGGCUGUAAGCUUCAAGAUAGACUUACUUAAAAGUUAUUGUGAAGAAUUCCUAAGAUGCAACUUACAUCUGGGGAACUUUGUCAGUACCUACUUCUUGUCGAGGAAAUACAGUCUAGAUGAACUUGAAGAAUUUCUAGUCGGAUUUUUACAGUCAAAUUUAUCUGAUGCAGUAAAGCAGAGUGAAUUCUUACAAAUGAAAGCGGGGAAAAUUCAUGCUUUACUAUCUAAAGGAUGCAUGUUAAAAUUAAAACCAGAAAUGAAACUUUUUUUAGUGAUAAGUUGGGUAGGAUUUGAAGUUCAACCACGAGAGAAGUUCUUGGUUUUAUUAUUAAAACACAUUGAUUGGUCAUCUGUUGCAUCAGACUUUCUACUAGAGAUUAGUCGGACUGAAAAUUUCUUCACAACUCACGAAUCAAGUUUAUACCUUUUGCUACAAACGUUAUUCAGUUCUGGUAUUUCUUUGGGACCAUAUACUGAAACUUUCUCAUCAUUAAGACACACUUAUUCUCAUCUGCUUACAGAAGUGGUGACCUCAGGAUUGAUAUUGCCAGAGGUUGAUGAUUUUAUAGCGGUGACUGCAGUUGGUACAACAACAAGACACAUAAAGCUCAACACAGGGACUAACACAGACAACAUGCCUUACAUGUACAUACAAUCUCAUACGGCAAAGCCUGUAAGUGAAUCUGAUAAAAGCUUUCAACCUGAAGAGAAUGAAGAAAAUUUCAAUGAAUCAGCAGCCAAUGAAAAUGAAGUAACUGGUUCACAGUCUAUGGAACCUGUUGAACAAGAAACAAGUAGCACAAUAUUGACACCAGAGCUUGAGAAAACUCCGACCAAAAGUAUAAGGGGAAAAGUGAAAAAGAAAAUAAAAAUUAUGUCAAAAGAUACUUUAAUAGUAAGCAGAAGUUACACUCAACCUGAAUAUCAACCAAGGUCAUCACCACAACCUUCAGGAGAAAGUCAAGAUCAGUCAGAAAAUAAUACAGAAGAUUCUACACCAAACAAUGUGGAGGAAGAUCUAGAGAAAGAUGAAGAAAACAAUGAAGAAUUUAAUGAGUUUGAAGAAGAAGAAAAUGGAGAGGAAGAUGAAGAUUAUAUACAUGAAAUGGAGGAGGAGGGGGAGGAGGAAGAUGGUAGUGAUAAAGAGAAAAAUGAGGUGAAAAAAGGUUCCAAGAAGAAAAAGAAUACCCCUAUAUACAAUAUGGUCAAAUUAGAAUGUCCUCAUUGCUCCUAUAGUACAAAGAUAGAAGGCAGGUUAAGAAAACACUUGAAAUGGAAUCAUGAAAAUGAUAUUCUAUUGAAAUGCACUGUGUGCAAUGCAUUUGAAACAAAAUCAAACAGGACAUACAGUGAUCAUAUGAAAAAACACUUUGAAGGCCCGCCAUUUCAUUGUGAAGUAUAUGGAUGUGAUUAUUCCACCGAAAAGUUCCCAACAUUAUUAAUUCACAGAAUGAAACACUUUGAAGAACGUCCAUAUGCUUGUGGGAUUUGUAAUGCCAGAUUCAGAACGAGAAAUAAUUUGUACGCUCAUAAGAAGACUCAUACAGGAAAGAGACCAUUUCAGUGUCCACACUGUCCAAAGUCAUUUGCUGUGAAGAACACACUUGAUCAACAUUUGGUAAUCCAUGAUGACCUUCGGCCUUAUUUAUGUGACUUUUGUGGAUUUGCAACCAAAUAUCAAUCACAUUUAACAGCUCACAAAAGAACACACACAGGUGAAGUUUUCAAAUGUGAACAUCCAAAAUGUAAUUACACUACACCAAAGAGAAGUCAGUUAAAAUGUCAUAUGCGAACACAUCUUGGUAUACGUAGCUAUGUUUGUGUAGAAUGUGGUAAAAGUUUUAUAGAGAAAAGUCAUCUUAAGAGACAUGAAAAAAUACAUCUAAGUGAUAAACCUUUUAAAUGCAAUCUAUGUGAUUAUAGUACGAAUAGAAAAGACAAAUUAAAGUAUCAUCUAAAUAAAAGUCAUGACCCAAAUGGAGAGAAAAAGACCAAAGGUCGUCCAUCAAAACCAAGGAUAAGAAAACCUGUUAAACAAAUACCACCACCGAUUAUACUGACUGAAGGAGGAAAAAUUCAAAUACCGCCACACAAUUUAAUAAUGACUCAAUCAAAAUUAGGCAUAGAUCAAGCGGUGUAUGUUAAAAACUUUGAUCAUUCUGGUUAUACAAUCCAGGGUAUUACUGACAACCCAGGAGCACAUGCUCUCACAUUAGAAGAAAUAAGACAGGCUCAGUUUGGUCAUGGGAGUUUAGAAGGUGUGACAAUUCAAGUGCCAAUCACAAUGGAACAUCUGGUCAUGGCUAAUGACGAGAUCAAUAAAACUUCUACAUCACGCCCUCUACCAGCCACUAGUCCAGUGACCCCUGUGACCUUGAUUCCAGAAGAUCAUCAGACAUACAUACAGAAUGUUAUGACACAGGUUCCUAUGACAUCUGCUGGACAACAGACCACUACUCAGAGUCAAGAUUAUAGCCAACUUGGACCAUUCAUUCAAGCUUUAUUUUGAAAUACAUGUAGUGUAAAAUCUAUGUAAAAGUUUGAGUUUGCUUCUGAAAGUAUUGGGAUUUCAAUAUUUUUGUUGACAUAGAAUCCACCUCUGUGAGCUCCUGAAAGGCUCCAGCCAUUUUUAGAAAAAAAAUUGUUUGGUUUGGUGAUUUGAUUUUAAAAUAUUUUGACCAAUAAAAAGGGGAAAAAAUUCUUGUUGAGUUUUUUUUGUCAUUAUAAUAUAAGUUCUAAUACAAAAUUUGUUUGUUAAAAAUAAUGUGGAGCAGGUUAGGUACCUUUUAGAUAUGAAAACAAACAAAACCCAUCUCAAAGUGAAACAGUCAUGAAAAAAUAAUUAUGCUUUUUGGGAAGUUGCAAUCUUUGUUAUCAUAUUUUAUUUUGAACUGUGGUCCAUUGGUGCAUUUUAAAAAGAUAUUAUUGGAUGAUUUUUUAUGUAUAUACCUCCUGACUGUGUUCAAGAAUUGUUUAUUGUUACUGUUUGUUCCCAAAGUCAUUGUGUAGGCUGCAUUAUGUGUGGAAAGAUAAACAGUACAUGUAUAAGAGACUCCAAUUUGUCAAUAUUUUUCUACUUCUAUUGAUCUUAGGUCAUAUAGGUUAUGAUUUAUUGUUCCAGGUUUGGGUAUUUAAAGAGUAACAAGAAGGCAAGUUUUGUUUUGCCAUAUAUAUGUAACCAUGUUAUUUUUUGUUUUGGAUUUUGAACACAUGAAAUAUGAAUGAAAUAAAACUUUGUUAUAAUUUCUGUUAUCUGUAUCUAUACGUAUUUAUUUGUUUGUAUUUUUUUUUAUUAUUAUUAUUGUUAUUAUUAGUAAAUAUGAAAAGAAUGAACACUGCUGAAAUGAAUUAUUGUACUACAUAUGUGUAUAUUGUGCGACUGACUGUAAAAUUCAUUAUCAAAAAGCGUAUAUACAUGUAUCCGAAAAAUUUCAGGCAUGUACGUAAUUGAUUAAGAAAGAAAUUUUGUUGAUAAUAUAUUAUGAUAUGAAAAGAUGUAUAUACAUUAUUUUUGAUUGCUUACGAUUAUGAAUAUAGUUAUUAAAAAAUUGCGCGAAUUUUUUUUUAUAUCUUCCCUCAAUAUUUAUGUAAUUGUUUUCACCGUUGACAUAUAUAACAAAUUUACUGAUCAGUAUGAAAUAUCUUGAAAUGAAUUGAAAUUAUUAUUUGUUGUUAGUAUGUACAUGUAUACUCAUUAACAGAAUCAAUAAAAGGACAGAAUGUUUCAUACUUUUAAGUUAUUAGAAGAUGUUUCUCUACAAUGUUAUAUGUUACUUUGUCCCUUUAUGAUCACUUAUGACAAUUAAAAUUUUAUAAUAUAUUAUAUUUCAAUUUCUCUGAAACUACAUGCAUUAAAACCGGUUCUGACCACUUUCAUUAUUCUUGAUAUACCACACUUGAAUUAAUUUG